ACUUCCGGUAGCCACAGCCCCACCCCUGGGCGUCUCCAUUUUGGCCGCGCAGGUGGAGACCUUACCAGAAGUAGCGGAGCAGCGGAGCGGAGUCCGCGAUACUGUGAGGGCGGAGUCCGCGAUACUGUGAGGGCCGAGUCGGCUCACCGCAUUUUCUCCUUUCCUUCCUCCGUCCGCAGAAGCCGGGGGCGCUCAUGGCGGGCUUGGAGGUGCUAUUCGCGUCGGCAGCGCCGGCCAUCACCUGCGCGCAGGACGCGCUCGUCUGCUUCCUGCACUGGGAGGUGGUCACGCACGGCUACUACGGCUUGGGAGCUGGCGACCAGCCGGGUCCCAAUGAUAAGAAAUCAGAACUGCUGCCAGCGGAAUGGAACAACAAUAAAGACCUGUAUGUCCUCCGGUAUGAGUCCACAGAUGGGUCCAGAAAGCUCCUUGUGAAGAUUGUCACUGUGGAGAACAGCAUGAUCAUCAAUGUGCUGGAACAUGGCUCACAGCAAGUGUCAGACUUGACCCUGAACUUGAAUGAUUAUAUCGAUUCAGAACACCUGGUUGACUUCCACAGGGUCUACAAGAACAGUGAGGAACUUCGGUCUCGUAUUGUGUCUGGGCUCAUCACCCCUAUCCAUGAGCACUGGGACAAAGCUAGCGUAAGUCCCCACCGGGAGUUUCCCCCUGCCACUGCCAGAGAGGUGGACCCACUCCGGAUUCACCCACAUCACCCACAUACCAGCCGGCAACCUCCCUGGUGUGAUCCCCUGGGCCCAUUUGCUGUCGGGGGAGAGGACCUAGACCCCUUUGGGUGUCGGAGAGGUGGCAUGAUUGUGGAUCCCCUGAGAUCCGGCUUCCCAAGAGCACUUAUUGACCCGUCAUCGGGCCUGCCAAACCGGCUUCCUCCAGGCGCUGUUCCCCCAGGAGCACGCUUUGACCCCUUUGGACCCAUUGGGACCAGCCCAUCUGGACCUAACCCAGACCAUCUCCCCCCGCCGGGCUACGAUGACAUGUACCUGUGAAGGCCUCAAGAAUGUAACAUCCCAGCCUUCCCUCCACUCUCCUGGAGCUGCCACUGCUGGCCCCAUCAGCAGCCGUUUUCUUGUGGGCUGGGGGCAAGGGACUCUGUCCAUGUGUUUGCAGGCCGGCUGGGAUUGCCUCCCCACCCCCUACCAGAGCCAAAGCACCUGCUGCAGCUCUCCACUUGGCUGCAUAUAGGUCCCAAAGAGAAAUCAGUGUCUCUAACCACCAGCUCCUCCCCACUUCCCAGGGGAGACUCCGGCAACAUAUACCCUCAACCCAAUGCAGUCCCAGUUGCAGUGCCAUAAGAACAGAACGCAUUUUGGAUGUUAUUGUUAAGAACCAAAUGUCAAUACAAAAAUCAUGUUGCCAGUCUCCCACUCUUUUUUACUGCACAGCUCCUUCCAUUUAUGAGACUUGAGAGUUUGAAUCUUUGAGGGGCUAGAUGACUCUUUUUCCUUCCCAGGGCCUGUUCUUGCUUCUCAGGCACCUUCCUUUCGUAAAUUGCUCUUGCUCCUGACACCACUAAGACAGGUCCCAGUCUGGCUGUGUGGAUGAAAAUGAGUGACUGAAAACCCCAUGGGCCACAGGAUGACUUUCACAAGGACAGGCACUGCAUCAUUCUGAAAAGGGCAAAAUCUUCCAGUUCUGCUUAUCUGAGCCAGUCCUCUGGGUCCAUCUGUGCCUGGGUAGUGGCAGCCUAUGAACAGAGGAAUAAACAAAACAGACCUGAA